AUGGUGAAGUUGAACGAAGUAUCACCUAUUGAUGACAACAAUACAAGUGUUCGUGAUCCUCAAUCAAGUAGUAUCAAUAUAGAUCAAACUGCAACAACUCAAUCACGAACAUUUUGGGAACAGAUUCGAACAAAAAAAUGGAUACGAAUUGUAUUGCCUAUUCUGAGAAGUGGAGAUACAGAAAAAACAUUAUCAACAGAAACAACAACUACAAUGAUAACAGCAACAACAGAAACAACGACAACAACAAUAACAACAACAAUAAUAACAACAACAACAGCAGUGAUGAAUGCGGCAACAGAAACAACGACAACGAGCGGUUCAUGUUUGACAUAUACUGUGCUAGCACGUUUCGACCGUUCAAUUAUUUCGGACAAGUCGAUAUUAUUAGUCAAUAUCAAUGAAGAUACCAAAUUAGAUAUUAUUGUAGGAUACGAUGGGGAGGAAACUAUUAUGAUAUUCUUAAAUCUUGACGAUGGAACAUUUACUCAAUCGAAAAUAAACUCACAUGAAAUUAGACUGUCACGUAUAACUACAGGCGAUAUUAAUAAUGAUGGCAAGCUCGAUAUUAUUGCUCCCAGUUCGAUAUCAAUGGAGAUCAUUGUUUUUUAUAAUGCUGGCAAUGGCAACUUUAACAAUUCGAUGAUCAUUCCAACAGAAGAUAUGAUAUUUGAUGUGAAAGCAGUAGAUAUCAAUAAAGACAAUAAACUUGAUUUUAUUGCCGUAGAUUCGUCCACGGGUCAUAUUAUCAUUAUUUUGAAUGAUGGUAAUGGUGUAUUUAGUAAACAAAUCAGGUAUGAAAAUAUUUCUUUUCUACACAAGUUGGAAGUAAUCGAUAUGAAUAAUGAUGCUCUACCUGAUAUCGUUGCAAUAUAUAAUGGAUUAGGAUCAUCAAUGCUUGUAUUGUUAAAUAUCAAUAAUGGUAAUUUUAUCGAGCAAGAGCGUCCUUCGUUUUCCCUGACGCCCAAAUUCAUUAGAGCUAUUGAUAUAAAUGGUGACAAUGAAGUAGACCUAAUUAUGGGAUAUUAUUAUGAUUUUCACAUACAUUUCGGUUUUCGCAAUGGUACAUUUGCUGAUCGAAUUGACUAUCACAGUGAUUAUCAAUUGACAUCUUUAGAAACAGCCAAUUUCGACAAUGACAAUAAAAUGUAUAUUAUUCUCUCACAUUUUAACAACAAUAAAAUUAGUAUUUUUUCCAAUACAGGUAAUGGAACAUUUGGAGAACCAAAAAUUAUUGACAACAUUGACCAACCAACGUAUGCAACAAUGAUUGAUAUUAAAAGUGAUGAUAAAGCAGAACUUGUUGUCGCAAGCGAUCAAACUAUUACAAUUCUUUACCUUCGCUGUUAA